UUGGUCCGUGGGGAGAGGCAACUGUUAUGGAAGUGCUUGUCUCAUGAAUUUACUUCAGUGUGUUUUCACUCACCAUAAGUGGAAUAUCGUCUUUGGGGAUUCGCCGCUCGCUGAUUUAGUCAGGGAUACAGUAACGGAGCGAAGAGUCUGACAGGAUAUAGAAAAGAAAGAGCUCGCGCGUUGUUUAUCUUCUCUUGACCGCUUCAUGUUUGUGGACAGCGCGACAAAACAUACGCAGUUGCCCACUUGUGCACCUUAAAAUUGCGUUUCAAUCGCAAAGUUUGAUUGUCUCGCUGAAUGAAGUUUUAAGAAGCUCGCACGGUUGUUUUAAUACGUCUUGGAGUAUAAAUAUAGGCUAGCCGACGCUCGGUCAAAACAAGCAGCGAUAUCUGCAUGUAAAUAAAAGGAUUGUAGUGUAUGCUACUGCAGAAUGCAAUGGGACUAAGUGAGGCCUUUCGACCGCAUGAAUACCUUUGCUUCACGUUCAAGCCUGAUGACCAGGUCUGGCAAGGAGAGUCAAAAAUGUGAACCGGUGAUUGAUACUCUGCCAGAUAAAUUUUGCACUAGUAGCAAUGGAGCGGAGCAAACGCAACUCCAUUGCUGGCUUCCCAACUCGGCCUGAUCGCCUGGAGGACCUUGAUUGUGGAGGAGGAGCAGAAACCAGUUCACUACCACUGGACAGAGUGUGUCCCUCUUCUUACCGGGCCCUCAUCAGUGCCUUCUCUUGCCUGACUCGACUUGAUGACUUCAUCUGCGAGCGGAUUGGCUCUGGGUUUUUUUCAGAGGUUUACAAGGUGCGCCACAGAGCUUCGGACCAGGUAAUGGCACUAAAGAUGAACAAGCUGAGCAGUAAUCGUGCCAACAUGCUGCGAGAAGUUCAACUCAUGAACCGACUGUCUCACCCAAACAUUCUCAGAUUCAUGGGGGUGUGUGUACAGGAAGGUCAGCUCCAUGCACUCACAGAGUAUAUUAAUGGUGGAAACUUGGAGCAGCUGCUGGACAGCAAUAAGUUCCUGAGCUGGGCCACAAGAGUCAAGCUGGGCUUAGAGAUCGCAAUGGGCCUCAGUUACCUUCACUCCAAGGGCAUAUUUCACCGAGAUCUCACCUCCAAGAACUGCCUGAUCAAGUCUGAUGAGAACGGCUACACUGCGAUCGUCGGAGACUUCGGCCUUGCUGAGAAAAUCCCCAGUCACGAUUUUGAGGGAGAAAAGCUGUCUGUGGUGGGAUCCCCGUUCUGGAUGGCUCCAGAAGUGUUGAGAGAUGAACCGUACAAUGAAAAGGCUGAUGUCUUUUCAUAUGGCAUUAUUUUGUGCGAGAUCAUUGCAAGGAUACAGGCUGACCCAGACUACCUACCACGCACUGAAAACUUUGGUCUGGAUUAUCACGCCUUCCAGCACAUGGUUGGAGAUUGUCCCGCUGACUUCCUUCAGCUCGCCUUCAACUGCUGCAAUAUGGAUCCAAAGCUCAGGCCCUCCUUCCCAGAUAUAGUAAAGAGGCUGGAAGAAGUCCAGAAAAAGCUGAAAGCGGAAGAAUCUGAGAGGGAGAGGAUGCUACUAACCGCCGGAGAGGUGGAUAAAAAACCCAUCCCUAAAGGUCCUGGAGAAAAGGGCAUAAAGAGGUUAAAUCCGCUUGGUUUUCAGGAUGACAAGAUUCCCCCCAAGUCCCCCCGUCCACGUCGCAACAUCUGGCUUUCCCGCAGCCAGUCUGACAUUUUCGCUCGCAAACCAGCCCGCAAAGUGAAUGUCCAGGACCCUUACUACAACCCCGGACCUAGAGGCUUCAUUCACGGCCUACCGAAAGUCAACCCUUUCAGCGCCCGAGAGGACUUGAAAGGUGGCAAGAUCAAGUUUUACGACAUGCCCAGCAAAUCCGUCUUCUCGCUCAUGUUUGAUUUGCACUCACCACAUGGCAGUCAAAACUCACAGCAGCAGCAACCCAACAUCAGCACAGCCAAUAACUGGCCGGAGCCCUGGCAGCUGCCCGGCCGACAAUGCCGCUCGCUCCCUGUCUCCCCGCAACUACCCCAUUCAGAAGUCUUAUUCUCAUCUCAUCCCGCAUCGAAAAGUGAUGCAUCACAACCCAAUGGUGAAAGCAGACAGAAAACGCUAAACAGCUGGGCUAAGAAGUUCACCGUAACCGAAAUCCCUCCAUACAAGCCGAGAGCAGAAAGAGAAGAGGAAGUGGAAGCGACUGAGGACUGGUCCUCUCUGAUUCCUUCAGAUAAAGGAGAAACUGAAGCCAUGGACUGCUCCAGCAGCAGAGGAAGCCCUGCAGAUGAUAAAGACACCAUCCUCAACCAGAUGCACAACGGUUUCUGUGAGGACAUGGAGGCUGAAGAUCAAGACGGCAUGAUGAUCGCCAACAAGAACUCGCUCACGCUGAGCAUGUCUGUGGAGCCGCAGGAACUCUGUCCUAUAGUCCUGACAGCCUGCAAAGCCUCGUCUUCAGGGGAACGCAUUUCCAGAUGCGACAUCUAGAUGGCUAAAAAAAAGAGCGCAUUGAGGACUUGAGUGAUCAGAUGCCACGCGAACAGAGAUUAUAUUCCUUAAAUAUUUAUGAGAUGUAAAUAUUGUUCCUUGUAACUUAAGCAAAAAGGGUGGCUUAGACUGAGCAGGAGGCAGAUGUGAAACACUGAUCACCGUUAGUAGAUCCCCAUCACACUAUGAAGAGACCGCGGACGUCACUUCACACAGGGCUAAUGAUGAGACGCCUUCUGUGAGAUUUUCUUCAUGCUUACGCUUGCACAUACCAGAAAUGCUGUUUUCCCCUUUGGGUUUGUCCACAAACUGUAUCUAAUUCAUAUGAUAAGUGAGCAGCUUUGGCCAUUUCUACAUGCUUGAAUAUUUUUCAGAAGUUAACAAAGAAGAAAUCUCUUGAAGAAAGGUGAUUGAGUGUCUGUUUGCACUGUACAGGCCUAGCUGAUAAUAUACAGCAUACAUUCCAUGACGUCUCGCAUCUUAAAAAAGCUUCUGUUUUGAUCCUACGUAACGGUGUGUGCCAUGCUAAUUUCACAACAAGGAUCUUUCUUUCAGCCUUUGACCUUUCACGUCAAAGUCCAUGUCUGUAUCUACUUAAAAUCGUAGUUGCACUUGAUAAAAAAUAAUUUAAUGGUUUGAACUUUUUUUUAAUCUAUUAUUUGUCACUACAUUUCUAUGCAAUAAAUAUAACCAAGGCAUGAUAGUUUUAUAGAGAGGAUUUAUUUUGAUAUUUAUAAAGAGGAAAGAAGUAAUUUUACUAUGUCUUCGUGUCUGUGAACUGUUCAUAUUGUGUUGUUGUUGUUUAUAUGAGCUGAUGAAUAGUUUUCUGUACAUGUUGAAAAUCAUCCGCUUUUUUCCCUGCUAGUUUCUUCUUAACUCAGUUUUUCAGCUUUUUUCAGUCCUGACUGUUUCUCGACUCUUUUUAGAUUGUAGAUUUGUAACUGAAUCAGAGAUGUAUAUUUCUACCAAAGACAGAUCAGGACUUAUUUUCCAAGUUUAUAUGGCUUUAUUUGUUUAAAUGCAUAUGUGUGUAUUCCCAGUUGUUUAAAAUAAAUUUAAAACGUCCUAUUGAUUUUUA